AUGGCAGUUAAGUAUAUAAUCUUUGCUGCAUUCAUUGCAUCAGCCAGUGCCUAUGAACAUCACCACGCUCCAGCUGCCCAGUCCUACGUUACCUACACUACACUUUCCCAAUCACAUGCUGCUCCUGCAGUUUACUCUGCUCCAGUUGCCCAUACUAAGGCUGCUCCAGUAGUUCAAUCCUACGCUGCUCCUGCUACUUUGGCUUAUACUUCUGUUCCUGAAACCGUCGUUGCUGAUCAUUCCGCACCAGCACACUACGAUUUUGCUUAUGAUGUAAAUGAUCCACAUACUGGAGAUUCUAAAAGCCAACACGAAUCUCGUCAUGGUGAUUUCGUCCAUGGAAGCUACUCACUUUUAGAAUCUGAUGGAACUAAACGUGUUGUAGACUAUACCGCUGAUUCACGUCAUGGAUUUAAGGCUGUUGUGCACAAAGAACACGCUGCAAGCCCAGCUGUACCCAAUAAUGUUGCUCCUGUUGCUUACGCUUUUCCAGUAGAUAGUUCCGCUUAUACUGCACCAAAAUCCCAUGCUGCUUCUGUUUCUGUUAACCACGGAGAUUCAAUUGUUCAAGUUUAUUCAUCUCCUUUGGUUUCUAGCUAUACUAGUAAUCUACACAAUGGAUUAAAUGCUGUUGUUCCAAAUGAACAUUCUAUAGCCAGAUCUGCUCCCAAUGUUGUCUCCCCUGUCGCCUAUGCGGCUCCAGUAGCUCAUGCCAGUUACUCCUCACAAGUAUCUGAUGCUACUCCCGUUGCUUCUGGCCACGGAGCUACCAUUUUUCAAGCAUAUUCAGCUCCUUUGGUUCCUAGUUAUACUAUUAAUCCCCAUAAUGGAUUUUAUUCUGUUGUUCCAAAAGAACAUAGUCAAGACCCAGCUAUAUCUAAUGCUGUUGCUCCUGUCAUUAAUGCUGAUUCAAUAGUUCAAGGCGCUUACGCUGCACAGGUAUCCAAUGGUGCUUCUGGAUACGGAACUUCAGUUAUUCAAGGAUAUUCAGUUCCUUUCGUUUCUAGCUACACUGGUGAUCACCAAAAUAAGUUUCUUGCUGGUGUAAACAAAGAACAUGAUGUGGGUCCAGUCGUAUCCAACGGUGCCGCUCCUGCCGUUUAUGCUGUCCCAGUAGCUAAUGCCGCUUAUGCUACACUAUCAUUCCAUGCUGCUGCUGUUGCUCCUGGGUUCGGAACUUCACUUGUUUAA